AUGGCCGGUGGCAACGUCGACGCUGUUCGGCGCCUGAUGCCGCAGCUUGAAGACACUGUCACGGGGCGGUUGGUGCUGCAGCACACAACCCUGCGCAGCAUGACGCUGGCCGGCGCGCGAGACGCGCUGUGCUGCGGCACUCUCGUCGACCUGCCUCUCAAGCCGCCGGCCUCGCCCGCCCCUGGCAGCGCCGACGCUGCCUGGGUCCAAGGGCGGGCGGGCACCUUGGGCGAAGGCAGCAGCUGCGCUAGCCCGGCGAGCGGGCGCCGCUCGCGGUCGCCGGUGCGCGGCGGCUGGCUCUGCGGAUUUCGCAGCCCUCGCGUGCACGACGGCCGCGGCGAUCACGCUAACGACGGCGAAGAGGACGGCGCGGCGGCGCGCGGCAGCGGCAGCAGCAGCGGCGCCGGCGCCAGCGGGGGCGGCACGGCGGCGGCUGCCGCGGCGGCUGCAAAGCAGCUGCAGUUCGUGAUCCGGCCGGACGGCGCGCUGCACGUCGCGACCGCCGCGCGCGCCGCAUCGGCGGCCGGGGCGCGCGUCGACCGCGUGAUGCUGACGUCUGGGGUCUGGGUCGCGGGCGGCGAGCAGCUCGAGAUUAUAACCGCCGGCGGCGCCCGCCACGGGGUCAUGGCGGUCAGCGAGACGUCUUGGGCCAAGCUGGUGGCGGGGCUGAACGCGGCGCUGCUGCUGGCUGACGAGGCGGGGGACGCGCGGAUGCGGCGGACUGUGGUGUGCGAUAUGGACUGGUCCCCCAGGGUGGAGGGAGUCUUGUUCUAA